AAUAAUUAUUAAAACAUAAUUUUACAUAACUCGGAAAUUUCUCGUCUAAUUAUAUAAAAAUGUCUUAUGUUUGAUUUAGUUUUAUUGUUUUAAGUUUAAAACUUUUAACCAAUUCUAUUUUACAUUUAGUAAAGAACGCAAAAAUAAUGAAUAAAUCGUUUUGAUAGUAACUAAACAAAAAUAUCUUCAAUAAUGGACGUUCCUAAAUCGAAAAAAUUCUGUUGCUCUUGCUGUGUUACGAUGGCAAAGAGUAUUCCUGUGAUAUUCAUAUUAUGUAUACUUGCGUGGUCAUACUAUGCAUACGUAUAUCAUCUGUGCCUUAAUCAAAUCAAGUCUCUAGAGAUUAGAGUGCCAUUUCUUCUGAUAUACCAUAUUAUACUUGUAUUUUUCCUAUGGUCUUACUUCAAAACCAUUUUCACGGAACCUGGUGGUGCACCACAAAAAGUAAUUUCCAUUCCCCGUCUUAUUUUAAUACCCGUAUUGAUUAUACUCAUUCGCAAACUUAUCUAUAUUUCAAUACAGUUCAAGCUCUCUGACGAAGUUUUCGAAGAAUUUAAUAAUCAUCCAAUUGAUUUAGCCAGACAAAGCAUUGUCCUACGUGAAUUUUCGAAAGAUCUACCAAUCAUGACAUUCACAAAUUCUGAUGAAAACUACUUUUCAGACAUCAGAUACUGUGAUAAAUGUAGAAUAGUAAAGCCCGAUCGAGCUCACCAUUGUAGCGUGUGUAGAAAAUGUGUAUUAAAAAUGGAUCAUCACUGCCCGUGGGUUAACAAUUGUGUCUCGUAUUCAAACUACAAAUAUUUCAUAUUAUUCUUAGCGUAUGGACUACUUAUGUGUAUUUAUGUUGCAUCCACCACAGUACAAUUUGUAUUGAAGUUUUGGGACGCCACAUCUGAUAUGAGAUUACAAGGCGCUUCGUAUAAAAUUCAUAUUAUAUUUUUAUUUUUUAUUGCUUCAAUGUUUUCAAUCAGUCUGUUCUCAUUGCUUGCCUAUCACAUUUACUUGGUUUCUAAAAAUCGUACUACCUUAGAAUCCUUUCGCCCUCCAAAAUUCAUGGAGCGUUAUGAUAAAAACGGAUUCAACUUAGGGUGCUUUAAUAAUAUUCAAGAAGUUUUUGGCAGAGAAAUUUUAUUAUGGCCUUUUCCUCUAAAUACAAGCCUUGGUAAUGGUGUAUCAUUUCCAAUCAACAAAAAGAUACCAGAAGCACAAAGUCUUUUGCACUCGACGAGUAUAUACGACCAUAAAACAUCAAUUGAUAUGGAAUCGUCCCAGAUGACAUCAGUUUUAUCUGCUAAUAGCAGUGCAGAACAAAAUAUCAGAAACCAUGUAAAAUGUCAAGAUCUUAUAGAAAUUUAGCACAAUUCAUAUGUUUGUGUAUUUUAUUUUAAUUCAAUAUUAUUUCUGUGAUA